AAAAAAUUACGUUUUCCUGCAAAAGCUUGCCGUCCCAAGCAACUUACUUGACUUUCAUCACGAUUAUUUUUAAAUAAAAUCAAAUAAUGAGUAUUUAAAGUUAUAUCUCUCAUAAUUUUAUUUUUUGGAAACAAAUUUUGCAUUAUCAGGAUCACACUUACAUUAUAAUGGUGAGACACUGUGGUAAAAAAGAAUCCAGUUUUUGAGCUGAGUUUGUGCAUCAAAUCAUCAAUUAUUACUAAAUCCCAUCCUUGCACAGAUUCAGGUAAACCAUACAUAAAUGUAAUAUCUUUUUUGUCACGAAAAAACAGCAAAUAUACAGAAUAACACCAUAAAAUUUUUUUUAAUGAUUUUUCAUAAAUUUUACAGCGAAUAAUUUUUCUUACCAGCAUUGUCUUUCCACAUUGUGACGGCCCAGCAAUUAUACAGUUACUCGGAUGCUUGAAAUACGUAUCAGUCAAUUUUAUGAACUUUAGUAAAUUUAUAAUGCUUUGAUCCACAAUUUAUCUCUCUAAAUAUUAAUAUAUUCUUCUUGUUCUUUUCUACAUAAACUUCGUUCAUAACAUCACAACAUUCCUCGAACGAAUAAUAUACGUUAUUACUUACUUUGCUAAUUCUUCUGUCCUCGUCAACAAUUACAAAUCCAAACUUUCCCUUUCCUUUCCAUAUUUCUCAGUUAACUUUAAAAUAAUGCAAAACAAUUGGAAAAUUAUCGGGAAUAUCAAAAGAAAACUUAUUUACCGCAGCAAUACAGGUAUCCAAAGACUUGUACAGGCGAGGAGAAACAAUAAUUUUUGUCUCCGUCGUAGGUAAUAAUAAAACCGUAUGCUUCCAUAACUGAUUCAAUCUUUAAAAUAAAUUCUAACAUAUAUUAAAAUUGAAUUUAUAUGAAACAACCGUCCAAUCACAUUUCUUAUAUAUUUAAUUGUGAAAUAUAAGUAAUUGUAAAAUUAUGUAUAUAAAUUAAUUUUGUGAUUAGUACAUGUCAUACGUAUACUACUCCUAGGACAUGGGAACGUCUUCUAACUAGGACGCACCUGUUUUCGCGUGAGAGUCAUCGACCUUGGAGAGCUGAUUCAUUUUUUACUAAUAUGUAAAGAUUAUUUUUUGUUAAAUCUAUAAGAACUAAUACAAAACCCUCUAAGGAGUGAGAGGAUAAUAUAAUAUUUUUUCUUGAAUAUAGCAUGGAAAAUAUUGUGGUGGCUGACGAGAGAAGUGCGAUUGCUGGAUAUAGAGCUAUGAUUAGAGGGGUGAGGAAUUAUGAUAAAAAUAAAGGAACCCCCUAGUCAUGGCUGUUGUCCCUGAGACGGUCUAUAUCCCAUACAGGGUUAGACACCGUUUUCUCAGCCAGCAGAGGUGGGUGAUGAUGACAUCCACAGAUCAGAGUCCUGCCGCUGCUGGAGCAAUCGCACCCCGAGAGGAGGAAGUAGACUCUACCUGCUAUUACAAUCUAGCGGAAGGGCCUAGCUCUCCGCUAGAACCUAGUGAUAGCAGUGAUGAGUCAUCAUCCGAAGAUGAGGAGGAGGAUUCUACCUCAUCUGAGUCCUCAUCCUCGGAUGAUAAUUCUUCUUCCUCAGAAGAAGAAGAAGAAGAGCCACCACAAAAAAGACGGAGAUGGAGGCCUUAAAACAGGUGGGAUAAUCGAAAAAUGUUUAAUUAGGAGGCGGAACGACCGCAUUCGUAAAAUUGACUCGUUAGAUGUUGAGAAAUUUGGGGUACCAAAAUCCUCGAAAAUUAAAAUACCAUGUCCUCGUCAUCAUAACUUCAUCGAGCACUGUGCAUUAUGUGAUGUCUUUUCAUACAAAUAUUAUAUGAAAACAGAUAUGGUACUAUAACCUAAGGAACCAUCUAAAAAAGUUUGAUUCUUUGGAUGCCAAAGGUUUUAUCCCCCUAUGAAAUGCUGCAGAUAUCAACAGUUGUGCACUUCUCAAAAAGUUGUAUGUUAAAUUCUGUUGAGUGCUGACUGCCUUAAGAUUGUUUGGCCUAGCAUGUCCUCUUGGUUAUCUGUGUACCAUGUUUGUUAGAAUCAUCAAAAUGAUAAGCUUACACUGACUAUUGCUUUGACUGGUGGUGCCCAAACGUUUUGAUAGGUGGAAAAACUGCAUAUAAAUCAUAGAUGGGUUAGGCUCAUAUUUUGUAUAUUACAUAUGUAGAAAAAGUAAGUCUGUCUCUAUCAAUCAUAAGAGAUGUUUCAAGUAACUGCACACCAUGUUGACGUGUGCUGAGCCCAAUUGGUUCACAACUUACAGUUCGGGCACCACUGGUUUUGACUGUUUUGGUGAUGAUUAUUUUUAAUUUCACCAUCUUUCGACUGAUUAUUAUUAGAUGAUAAAGUAUUUCUGAUUUUUAUUGAUGAUUAUGCACAGCUUCUUACAUAAAUAAGUUUUUUAUAGAAA